CGCCGUCUGCGGGUGCUGGUGACGUCAGAGCAGCCCGGUCUGACUCCGGCUGCGGCUCGUCCUUGCCGCACACGCACAGCGCUGAGCUUUCGGCUCAGGGGGACGGGGUUCGGCUGAGCGGCUGCACGUAGCGUCGUUGAAUUCAAGCCUUGGAGCUGUGUUUCCCGGCAGUGUAGGCACAGACCAUGAAUUACGUUGGACAAUUGGCUGGCCAGGUGUUUGUAACGGUGAAGGAACUUUACAAGGGAUUAAACCCUGCCACUUUAUCUGGCUGCAUUGAUAUCAUUGUUGUCCAACAGCCAGAUGGCAGCCUCCAGUGCUCCCCAUUCCACGUUCGCUUUGGGAAACUAGGAGUACUCCGAUCCAGGGAAAAGGUGGUGGAUAUAGAAAUAAAUGGAGAACCUGUAAAGCUGCAAAUGAAGCUGGGCGAUAAUGGGGAGGCCUUUUUUGUUCAAGAGACAACAAAUAAUAAGGUAAAUGUUCCGUCACACCUGGCCACCUCACCUAUCAUUUCUGAAGGUGCUGCACUGAUGGAGACCACGGUGGGGAGAUGCUUGGCUGGCAAGCACAGAAACCCAGAUUCUGUUGUCACGUCGCAAGCAUCUAUAACUAUUCAUUGUACACCGUGUUCUCCUGAAAACCAAUUGAGCGGCAACUCUGUGAAGAAAAGAAGAAAAAGGAGACGCAAAUCGAGAUUGGAUAGCGUGAGAAGAGAUGACGUUGGUGAUACUUCAGAGAAUGAAAACAUGUUCCCUAUUGAAAUCAGCUCUGAAGAAGAGGUGGAAUUCACUGAGACUCCAAGGAAUUCAACACAUAUGCAGAGUGACCUACAAGUGCAGAACCGCACCUUGGUUAACAUAACUCAUUCUCAAGUGCAUCCUUAUUCAGACACAGAAUGUUCAUCCAGACACAGUCUGCCUGCAGAAAGCAAGCAAUUGACAUCACACCUUUCGGUUACCGUUGCUGGAGGCUUGUCUAGCUCUUGUCCACAACCAGAGCUUCUUUACCCAUCUAUGCUCAGUCACUCAAGGUUCCACCCUCCUACGCCUAACAGCGAUUCCGAGUUGGUCAGCAAGCCAUCGGAACGAGGGAUGCAAAAUAUAAAUACGCAAAUGCACUGGGCUUGGGGAGAACUACCUCAAUCUGCCAAGCUUAUUCCUCAUCAAAAGGUGGAAGAUCUUAACAGGGUAAACAUAACUCCAUCAGGAAACACUCACUUCAGGGUAAUCAACAGUGAUCCAUUCGUAAAUUCUCAUGACAGUUCGUCAACUCCUCCUCCAUUAGUGAAACCUGAGCCUUUAACAGCAGGUGGAAUGAUGCCUCAGUCUGUGGACAGUUUCAUGUGUGGUUCAGAGCACUAUGAACCCUCUACUGCAAUUGCUCCUAUGGUUCCAGAAAAUGGGGAGGUGAACAAUACUCAGAAUCAGAACAAGCAAGUCAGUAAAACUGAUUCACCUUCCAAGAAGAAAGAUAAACGCAGUCGUCACCUGGGUCUGGAUGGUGUCUACCUGGAUGAUAUCACAGAGAUGAACCCUGAAGUUGCAGCACUUUAUUUUCCAAAAUGUGAUAACAACACAGCUGGUCGAAAUGGCUCUGAACAGGGAGUGCACUCAGAAAGUCAGUCACCGCAGUCAGUAGGAAGCUCUGGAAUGGACAGCGGUGUUGACAGUUUCUCUGACACUAUUGGGGACUUGCCAACCAUUGCCAUUUCACUCUGUGGUGGGCUAAAUGACGACAAAGAAAUAACAAAUGAACAGUUUAUGGGGCGUUCUGUAUCAUAUCAAGAAUUUGCAGAGAAUCCGGCAAUCAUUGAUGAUCCCAAUCUGGUAGUGAAGAUUGGCAGCAAGUAUUAUAACUGGGCAACUGCUGCUCCUGUGCUGCUUGCUAUGCAGACAUUCCAGAAACCAUUGCCAAAGGCAACAAUGGAAAAACUAUUUAAAGAAAAGAUGCCCAAGAAAGGUAGCAGAUGGUGGUUUUCGUGGCGUGGAAGAAAAACCAGUGUAAAAGUGGAAGCAGAAACUGAAAAGAUCCAAACUGAGCAGAAUGCAGGAGAACGGUCUGCAUUCCCUGAAAGCAGGUUAAAGGAUGAAUCAUCAUCAAGUGAUGAAGAUGUCAGGAUGAUCAAUCAAAAUAGUAGUGUGGCCCAGCAAGAUCUUAACCUGUCAUCUUUACCCUAUGUUUCAUACGUGAAAUCCCUUCGACUCAGCUCUGACCAACUCAAAAGCCUGCAACUAAAGGAUGGCCCAAACGACGUUGUGUUCAGUGUCACCACGCAGUACCAAGGCACAUGCCGUUGUGAAGGAACUAUCUACCUCUGGAACUGGAAUGACAAAAUUAUUAUUUCUGAUAUUGAUGGAACAAUCACAAGGUCUGAUGCCUUGGGACAUAUCUUACCCACACUCGGUAAGGAUUGGACGCAUCAUGGAAUAGCAAAGCUUUACCACAAAGUUAGCCAAAAUGGGUACAAGUUCCUCUAUUGCUCAGCACGUGCUAUUGGGAUGGCUGAUAUGACUCGAGGAUAUUUACAUUGGGUUAACGAAAAAGGAACGGUGUUGCCAAAAGGCCCUUUAUUGCUAUGUCCCAGCAGUGUGUUCUCAGCAUUGCACAGGGAAGUAAUUGAAAAGAAGCCUGAAAAGUUCAAGAUUCAUUGCCUAACAGACAUCAGAAACCUUUUUUAUCCAAAUAAAGAACCCUUUUACGCUGCUUUUGGAAACCGAUCAAAUGAUGUUUAUUCUUAUAAACAAGUUGGUGUCCCAAUAAACCGAAUUUUUACAGUCAAUCCUAAAGGUGAACUAAUACAGGAACAUGCAAAGACCAGUGUAUCAUCUUACGUAAGGCUGAGCGAAAUAGUUGAUCAUGUGUUCCCUCUUCUAAAGAGAGAGCAUUCCUCUGACUUCCCUUGUUCGGAUGCCUACAGUCAAUUCACCUACUGGAGGGAGCAGCUACCAGCAGUGGAGAGCCAGGACCUUCAUACUUGAAUUAAACAUAAGCACAUGAGAAAUAGAUUUUUGUAGUGUAAUGGCAGGCAGUCUUUUUUCACUGUUUGAAGUUGUAAUUUUCUUUUUGUCUGGCUUUAUUGAAGCAGGAAAGUUCCUGUCCUGUCACUGAGCAUUUUAUCCUAUCAGCUGUUAAGAACAUUGGAGAGUGAAGUCUGUUGAAAGUAUGUUGCAUCUUAAGCUGAUUUAUCAUAAGAAACCUGUUGCUUGUAUUAGUGACAUUUUUUUGUACCAUCUGUUUUGUUCAGAUUGCAGCUACUUUAAGAUCACUCUUCUCAUUCAUCAUUUUAUGAAGUAAGUGUUUAAGUCAAAUUUUCUAUUUUAUUUUUCCUCAACAAGUACAGAACUGUGAUUAUUUAUACAAUGCACUUUUAAUAAUUAGUUUGAAACAUUUACUUUAGAUCCAGCUUGCAUAAUGCAUCAGUAAAUACUUUCAAAGGUUCAAAUAGCUUAAUCAUUUAUCUUCACCAGAUGUUUUUCUCCCACCACCCCCACACAAUCUACCUCUUUUUCCUCAUGAGGGCAGUGACUCCAGCUGGCCUAUAUUUCUGUGGCUGGAAACUGCUGUUUACAUGUGCACUGAUUUUCCCUUCCACCGCCCCACACAAAUUCACUUUGGCAGAAAUAAUGGUUAAUAAGCAAGUGCAGGAACAAUUGAAGCCAGCUUUGUCCUGGUUUGGCAUAGGAUAUCCAUUGAACCUGAUAGAUAAUUGCUUGAUUAAAAUGAGAACAAAUGAUUUUUGCAUUUUAGUUUAAAUAGUUAUAUAUAUGAAUGCAAAGGACUUAAUUUUCUGCAGAACAUAUAGCAAUUAGGUGAUAAUUCUGAUGUUAAAAGUAUUAUAGGUACACAUGCAAUUAUUUUUAUAUGUAAACUAUGGCUAAGUAGUUGCAAUGCAGAUUUAUUUUUUUCAAAAAGUAGAGCAUGUAGAUGUUGCAAAUCGAAAUAAAAUGAAAAGAAACUCAGCAGAUCAGGCAGCAUCAGUGGAGAGAGAAGCAGGGUUGACAUAACAAAACAAUGACCAUCAGAUAUCAAGAUUAAUGACAUGACAAGUCUACAAUUUCCCUCUUCACUGAUGUGAUCUAUUCUGUUGAUCGCUUCCAGCAUUGUGUGUCUUUCAAGCAAACGUUCCCUUUCCUGUAAGGCUAUAAUGGUGCAUUAGGAUUGUUGCCUUUGUUGCAGCCUGUAAUUCAGAAAAAUACAAUCAAGAGUUUUGUUCCCUGACCUGUACACUACCGAGCUUUAUUGGAGGAGCUGAUAUAAUUCAAUCAACUACCAUUUUGUUUAUUGAAGAAGCAAUAGACCCAAUAAAUAGUGCUUUUUUUUUAGAAAUCUGGAUAUGAUUUUGUUGUCUACAAAGUGAAAUUAUAAUUCUUAUCUAGAAAGGAAAAUCUUUAGAUGAACUCGCCCUCUGGUCUGAAUGUCUUUCUACGUUAUUUUAAGAACUCUUGAACUCUUCAUGCAGGAGAACUACUUAAUCACUUGCAAGGGAGGGAAGAUAUAAAUCGACUCUUCAAAAUGACAUCUGACAUAGUUCAAGAAUGAUAUCAAUAAUUUGGAUAUUUUGUAUGCUCUUUCAUAUUUCCAGUAUUGCCGCAAUUUGGAAAUUGCCAUUCAUGAUGCAUGCAAGAUUGACUGAUGUGGGUUUUAUGGCUGUAUCUAAGAUGGGAAAAGUUGGGCCCAGAGCACAAUGCGAAGUGUAUUUUCUUUCUGUGAAAGAUAAAUAAAUGAAGCUUUGCUUUCAAAUCUAUAAUGUUACAUUUACUAAAAGUAUUGCAACGACUGUGUACCGAAUUGCAGUGUUACUGGUGAUACGCUGUCAUACCUUGUAGACAGGUAAAAUUGUCAAUAAAUGCAGAAAUAUGAAAAUGUAUGUCUGCCAUUUUUUUUAAACAGCAUAUGUAUAUUUAAGAACAGCUUGGACAAUUCUGUUACAAGGUCUUGUACGAGAUUAAGAAAAAAACGUAAAACAAGCCCAAGUCCUGUCGAAGGGUCUCGGCCUGAAACGUCGACUGCACCUCUUCCUGGAGAUGCUGCCUGGCCUGCUGCGUUCAUCAGCAACUUUUAUGUGUGUUCCAAGAAAAUUAAAUUUGUUUUUAAUGUGUCCAAGGAGGAGAAGGUGCCACGGCAGAGGGGUUUGGGGAUAGGUAGAGGAAAUGGGAAAUGUCGAAGAAAAUUGGAGUGUGGUGAAUCAAUUUCAGUAUUACUGUUUUUUUCACCUGAUGGGUUUUGAAUGCCUUAAAGAUCUGAAGCAAAAUUUUUAUCAAGAAUUGAUGGGUGGAGGCCAUUUGUCCAUUUCGUAUCUGCCUGGCAUUAUUCUUCUUGACAAUAAAAUUA